UCAUACUUCAAAUUGUAGCUUGUGUUUGUUUAUUUAGCCACCGGAAGACAUUUUCUGUGUGAGGUGGGCAGGCAAGAGUCGAAAAAAUAACAACGCCUCCCCAAAAAAAGAGCACCAGCAACAAGUGCGGUGGCCCGGGCCGCGGGUCUAAACACGCCCAGGUGGAAGUGGCCCUUCCGCCGCUGCAAAGCCGCACAUCUGCGUUGGUGGACGGAUGCGAGCAAGGGUGGCGCGGGGGUCCUUUAAAAAGCAUCCGUCUGGCAGCCCGUCUCCAGACAACUCGCAGCAUGGGCCUCGUGGCAGCUCUCCGCUCGGGAAUGGAGGACCCGCAACGCCGCCGUCGCCGCCGGCGAAGCGUGCCGACCUGGAUGCUCGCCCUCGCCCUCCUGCAGGGCGUCCCCGGCGGCUGCGCGGCGCCCAACCAGUCGCCCCUGGUGGGCUCCAACUGGGGCAGCCCGCGGAGGUACGUGCACCUGCAGACCUCCACGGAGCUCAGCAACUUCUACCUGGAGAUCAAGCUGGACGGCACCGUGCGGGGAAGCGCCAGCAGAAAUCCGUACAGCGUCAUCAUGCUGAAGGCGGACAGCAGGGAGCGCGUCGCCAUCCUCGGCGUGAAAAGCAGCCGCUACCUGUGUUUGGACCCGGAGGGAACCCCCUUCACCUCAGCCGUGUGUCUGCGCGACGACUGCGUGUUCGAGCACAGACUCCUGGAGAACAACCGCGACGUCUUCUACUCCAUCCGAACCGGCAUCCUGCUCAACCUUGAGGGCUCCCGGCAGGUGUUCGUCGCCGGCCACAACCUGCCGCGCACCGCCCUCUUCCUGCCCAAGAGCAGCACGGUGCCCCUGGAGCGCCUCCUGCUGCACCGGGAGAGGCGAAACCGGCCCUCCUCCUCCACCCCCGCCGGGGAAGGCUCCGACUCCCGGCCCGUGCCGGAGGACGACGCCGAGCUGGAGCUGGAGCCCGCCGACGACGGCGCCAACGCGUCCCGGGAGGCGCUCCGCGAGCCGCCGGCCCACGACCCGUGGAGCGUCCAUUCCACCGACACUAAUUCCAGCCCGCGCGGCGCGACCCGAAGCCACCGUGCGCACACGUCAGUCAGUCAGUGAGUGAAUGACUGCCGGCACAGUAACAGC